AAAGUAAUAAAAAUUAAUUUAUAACUAACUUCAUGAUUGUCAUAACGUGGUAACGUCAACUUAUUUAUCGGCGCUAAUUUAUUGUGCGUUAUUGAAUUAAUUUAUUAUUUUCUCAUAAAAUCCUUUAAUAAUUACUUAUAAUUACAAAAAUUAUUAAUAAUUACAUAAAUAAAGUAAUAAAAAUAAGUUAAUAACUAACUUCAUGAUUGUCAUAACGUGAUAACGUCAACUGUCAAAAUAUCCAUGCGGAUUAUUAUUUGAAAUCGUUUUAAAUUAAAAACGUUUAAUUUUAAGCUUAAAAAUGAACGAAAUCGAUGAAUUAGUGCGUUUUUUACAAUUAGGAGCAAGAACCGAUUUAAAACACUUAGCAUCUCAACAAAUAUUGGGUUUAACUGCAACUAACGAUGGUAUUACAACACUAAUUAAAUCCGAAAAGGUUUUAGUGAGCCUUAUAACACUUUUGCACGAUAACACCGCAAAGAUAUCAAAAAAUGCUGCACAAACAUUAGUAAACAUAACCUCAAUGGAAACGUCAAUUGAGAUUUUAUUGAAUUUAGACUUACGAAACGACUCUAUGCUAUUAAAGUCACCAAAAAAUAUAGUCGAAACAACUCUGGGGUUUAUUUCUGAUGAAACUAGCGAAAUUUCCGACGAAAAUUGCAUGAUUUUGGCCAAUUUGACUCGAGAUGAUACUCACAUUGAAAAAGUGCUCGAUUUAAUGUUAUCUUCACCAUAUUCGCUUGAAAAGCUGGUCAGGAUUUUCUCAACGCCCGAUUAUAAUCGAAAAGGUUCAAAUUUGGAUUAUUUGGCAUCGGUUUUUUUAAAUUUAUCCCAAUCGAAACGAUUUAGAGAUAUUUUAUUCGAAAAUUCGGAUCUUUUAGAGGAUUUAACGUCAUUUUUGACGUUUAAAAAAUCCGAUGUGAGGCGACGCGGCGUUGCUGGAAUCUUAAAAAAUUGUUGUUUUGAUGUUGAACGUCACAAAUGGUUGUUGAGCGAAGAAUUCGAAAUUUUAACCAAACUUUUGUUGCCAUUAAUGGAUGGGGCUGAAUACGACGAGGAAGAUAACGAAAAAUUCCCGGUGGAAUUGCAAUUUUUGGAUGAAGGGAAAGAACGAGAUCAAGAUGAGGAGGUUCGAUGUGUUUUGUUGGAAUCUUUGAAUCAAUUGUGCGCUUUAAAAGAAAAUAGGAAAUUUAUUAGAGAUAAUAAUGCUUAUGUUGUAUUAAGAGAGCUUCAUAAGUGGGAGAAAAGUCCAAAAGUAUUGUUGGCAUGUGAAAAUUGUGUGGAUAUUUUAAUAAGGACGGAAGAGGAAAUUAACGCGGAUAAUCUUAAAGAUGUUAACAUUCCAGAGGAUCUUAAAAUCAAAUUGGACGAAAUUAACUAGAAUUUUUAUACAAUUGCUUUAAGUUAAAAACGAAUUGUGAAUAUUAACAAUAUAUUUAUACUAUUUAUCCCUCAAAUUUUGAUGUAAUGCGUUAUAAAUUUAAUUCAGAAUCUUUAAA